CACAUCCUGGUUCUACAAUUCCCAAAGACAAAGACUGCCAUCAUCUAGCUCCAUUGCAAUCUUUUGCACAAAAUUAGUCUCUCAUGGCUCUUUCCAUUUCAUCAUUUCAACUGAUCUACAAACCCACAAGAACCCUCAUAAAACCAUCCACAACUUGUGCCAUAUUUGCAUCAAAACUCACAACCACUUCAAGAUCACUUCCAAGUCAUGUAACUAAUGCAACAAAGGAUUACAGUGUUUGUGAGCCACUUCCUCCUGAUAGACCUCUCUGGUUCCCUGGAAGUUCACCUCCUGAAUGGCUUGAUGGAAGUCUUCCUGGAGAUUUUGGCUUUGAUCCUCUUGGUUUAGGUUCAGACCCAGAACUUCUCCGGUGGUUUGCUCAAGCGGAGCUAAUGCAUAGCCGCUGGGCAAUGCUCGCGGUCGCCGGAAUACUCAUCCCCGAAUGCUUAGAAAGACUGGAGCUAAUCGAAAAUUUCUCGUGGUACAAUGCCGGAGCACAAACAUACUUUGCAGACCCUGUAACACUAUUUGUGGUGCAAAUGAUACUAAUGGGAUGGGUGGAAGGAAGAAGAUGGGCUGAUUAUGUGAAACCAGGAUGUGUGGACAUUGAGCUAGAGUACCCAAACGUGAAGAAGCCAAAGCCGGACGUGGGGUACCCGGGAGGGUUGUGGUUUGAUCCGUUCAUGUGGGGGAGGGGCUCGCCGGAGCCGGUGAUGCAGAUGAGAACCAAAGAGAUCAAGAAUGGAAGGUUGGCCAUGCUUGCUUUUGUUGGCUUUUGUUUUCAGGCAGUGUACACCGGUGAGGGACCGUUGGAGAAUUUGUCUGCUCAUUUGGCUGAUCCUGGCCAUUCUAAUAUUUUUCAGGCAUUCUUAUCUCAUUGAUGGUGAAAUAUGAUUGUUACUAAUGACUUGGAAAGAGCUCAUGAAGAUGAUGAUGCAAGAGAGAUUCCAUGUUGAUGACUUAAUUUGGAAAGAAGAGUGAUUCAUUAAUCUUUCCUACUAUUAAUUUUCAAAGAAUAUAUAUAUUUUUUCCUAUAUGCUUUGUAAUAUGCAAUGAAUCCAUGAUGACCACAUGAAAGUCUAUUUUCUUUA